ACGACUUGAAGGUAGCCACAGAUACGCCUCCUGAUACCUGGAUCUAGUCAUCACUUGAAUGAUUUUCAUUAUCCUGAUACCUGGAUAAUACUAAGUUAACCAAUAGCUGUGAAUGUCCCCCAUACAGGACUGUAUGUUAAUGUCCCCCAUACAACCCUAAGCCUGCAGCCCACCAGAACCACAGAUUAAUCUGGUAGGGAGCGGGAAGGGGAAGCAGUUGGAGCUCACUUAUUUUGUUUUUAGUGAAAUAACUGGUUUGAUCUGAGCCAUAGGUUAUUCCCAUUAGCCGAAAAUAAGGGGCAAAUGACACCCUGUAAGGGACAGACAAUUCUGGGCUGAAAUAAGGGACCUUCCUGCUAAUAAGGGACUUUUGGUAGCUCUAUGUUGUGGACCAGUCCAUAGAGUGCUGCUGUGCAGAGCACGCAUAAAGGUUCUUUGGCACUGCAUGUGUGUGCAGGAGGCAGAUUGGCAGUCCGCUCUGGUUAAUGCUAAAGGUUAAUGCUAGAUCCAUGGGGAGGGAGAAGAGACAGAGGAGAAGUUUCCUUUCCAGAGGAACUUCCUGCUCAAAACAUUCCCUUGUGGGCUACAGGCAAUCUGAUAGGCAGUGGUGGCAUCAGAAAAAAAUAUUGACAGGGGGCACAGAAGAGGCAAAGUGCAUUUAUGAGUGAGCGAUUGGUGCCCCACAUAUUAGAUUUCUGAAACAGAAAUGGGGGGCAACUACUUGUCUGAGGGCACACACUUGUCCCGCCCCCUCCCCCCCCAGCUGGUAGGAAGCUAGGGAAUCCGUGUAUCUGGGUUGGGAUUGUAUUGGGGAGGGAGGGAAAAGGGAAUGGAUCACUUUCAAUGCAAAGAAAAGGGAAACGUGCAUAUUUGGAUAAGAAGUCCAAAUGGGAGUUUCUCAUUUAGGCUUCUUAUCUAAACACACAUGCUUUCCUUUUCUGUGCAAACGUCGUCGUUUCCCCAUACAGUUCAUUUCUUUCCCCUUGAUUCCUAAACAAGCAGCUUGGUGGGUAGAGAGUGUGAUCUUGAGGGAAGGUGAGGGUUAUUAGCCAGGAUGGAAGGCGGUUUGGAGCAGCCCCACAUUGGGAAUGGAGGGCCACAUUAAGAAAUGGGGGGUUGUUGUGAUAGUAAGGUUUCAAGGGAGGACUAGACCUCAUUUAGAGCAACUUAUCAGGAAAAGCCCUCCGGGGCUUUUUCUGAUAAGGGGGAAAGCACAGGAAAUUCAAAACAGACCAAUCCAAAAGAUUGGGUGGAAACUACACACACAGCUACCUAUUAAAGAAGGGAAAGCUUUGUUCUCUUAGUUACUUAGUUCUGUCCCAUGAGUGCCCUGAGGAAGGAGACGCCUGAUCGCUGCUGGGGAAAUGGUAAGGCCUACGGAACUGGAGAGAAAAAUUUCGGCUCCUGCAGAUGCAUCUGGAGAGUCUGGCAGCUUGCAGGUGCAGGCUCAACCUAAUAAUGGUUUUGUGGGCUGGAAUGGAGCAAACCCCAACGAGAGCGGCAGUUCCAAAGGGGAGAGAGGUCUUCAGCCUUUGCAACUGUUAGGAACCUACUGCCUCCAACCGGCCUACCUACUCCUCCAAAACCAUUAUGUUCUGGUCUGGUAUCUUGCCCCGAUCUCUCUCUUGAGCCAAGGACAGUCGGGGGCCCCCAUACCUCUGGCUGCACCCCUUGUAACUGUGGUGCCCUCCAGACCUCUGUCAAUACCUUGUGGACCUGUGACAGCUUCCCAGCUGCUGCCCCAUGGAACUCCAAAACAGGUGCCGCAUAGACCUGCCACGGUGGCGCCCCAUGUGACCUUUGAUGAUGUGGCUGUUGUGUUCAGCGAAGAUGAAUGGACUUUGUUGGAUGGGGAGCAGCUGCAACUCUACAAGGAUGUUAUGCUGGAGAAUUACUGGAAUUUACUCUCUGUGGGGUCCAAAAUACCUAAGCCGGAUCUCAUCUGCCUGUUGGAACAAGGGAAACAACUGCAGGUCUCCGACAAACAGGCUUUUCAGGCAAUAAAGCCUGACCCAGAUGAUAGCUCAUUGAAAAGUGACACGCUCCCGCACACCUAUUUCACUGGCAGAAAGCCAUUCAAAAGCAGCGGGGCCUUGCCCCUCCGCACGAGCAAAAAGCCCGGGGCACAUGGCAUCAAUGAAUAUUCUAGAACAUCGUGCAGAGCCAGUUCUCUCCAGCAGGGGGUUCCUCCUGCCAGCAGUGGGCAACAGCAAGAAGCCAUUUCCCCACAGCCAGAGACCAAUUCCCGUGCCUGCUCCCAGUGUGGGAAAUCCCUUUCCUACUGCAGGCAGCUAGCCAAGCAAUGCCAGGGAGGCAGGAAGCGAUUUUUCGGCCUCUCCAAAGUGCUGCGCCAUCAAGCAGUGCAUGCAAAGGAAAGGCCUUUCCCCUGUGCCCACUGUGACGGCCACUUCCGUCAAAAAUGGCACGCGACUGUUCAUGAGAAAAUGGCUCACAGUGAGGGGGAGGCCAAAGUGCCCCCGAAGCAGCAGUGUGGAAGGGGCCUUAGAAGCAGGACGAAGGCUGGAGAAAAGUGCAACCCACGCCGUGGAGGGCAACACCAAAGAAAGAGAUUUCAGCCCUGAACAUGAACUCUGUGUUAGAAGUACAGGACUUUGGCCUUCUUUUUACAACCCUCUCCCCCCUGCCCUGCAAAAGGUACUUUUUGAUAAGAUAAAUAUAGGUCUCAUGUUUUGGUACAAUUCCUGGAUCUCUUUCCUCCCACCCCAGCUACAAUAAAGUAUCUUUGGUGUUUGGA